GUACUUUCUUUGCGCUCCUGCUGAGGAGAUGAGCGUCCAAGACAUCAUUCUUGCCAUUGAAAAUACGCAAAAGACGCCAUACAGGCGAAACAGAAACACCGAUAGAAGUUUGAAGCUCGACGAUACCGUAUAUAGAAUGCAUAGGAAAUUACUGGAAAAAUCACCAGUGCUUGCAAUGCUUGCGAACGAAUAUGACCGUACACUUCUGAAGUUGGACCACCUACGAGCAGAGCAAGAAAAUUUCACACCAUGUGGUCUUAACAUGGCAUUAGAUUGGAUAUAUGGAAAAAGAAUAGAGUUUACCCCCUUAGAG